CGGGGCUCGGCGCAGGCGCGCUGGCCCGGCCGGGCGGUCUGGAGGCGGCGUGGGCUGCGACUGUGGUGCAAGUGCUUCCCUGUGCCAGCAUAUCAUGGAAGGGCUGCUGACCAGAUGCAGAGUGUUGCCCACCCUGGCCACCUGCAGCUGCCAGCCCUCCAGGUAUGUCCCUGGUAGGUUUCACCACUGUGCCCCAGGGAGACGGCAGCGCUUGGUGCUGUCUCGAGUAUUCCAGCCACAGAAUCUGCGGGAAGACCAGGUGCUCUCCCUGGAGGGCAAAGUUAGUGACCUGACCUGUAAGAGCCAGCGGCUGAUGCUGCAGGUGGGCCUGAUCUACCCCGCAAGCCCCGGCUGUUACCACCUCCUGCCUUACACGGUCCGGGCCCUGGAGAAGCUCGUGCGGGUGAUAGACCAGGAGAUGCAGGCCAUUGGCGGGCAGAAAGUCAACAUGCCCAGUCUCAGCCCGGCAGAGCUCUGGCAAGCCACCAACAGGUGGAACUUGAUGGGCAAGGAGCUGCUAAGAGUUAGAGACAGACAUGGCAAGGAGUACUGCUUAGGACCCACUCACGAGGAAGCUAUCACAGCCCUGGUUGCCUCCCAGAAACAACUGUCCUACAAGCAGCUUCCGUUACUACUAUACCAAGUGACGAGGAAGUUUCGGGAUGAGCCCAGGCCCCGCUUCGGUCUUCUUCGCGGCCGGGAGUUUUACAUGAAGGAUAUGUACACCUUCGACGCCUCCCCAGAGGCCGCCUGGCAGACCUACAGCCUGGUGUGUGACGCCUACUGCAGCCUGUUCCACAGGCUGGGGCUGCAGUUUGUCAAGGUCCAGGCAGAUGUGGGCAGCAUCGGGGGCACGAUGUCACAUGAGUUCCAGCUCCCAGUGGAUGUUGGAGAGGACCGGCUUGCCAUCUGUCCCAGCUGCAGCUUCUCAGCCAACGUGGAGACGCUAGACUUGUCACAAAUGAACUGCCCGGCUUGCCAGAGCCCACUGACGGAAACCAAAGGCAUCGAGGUGGGGCACACAUUUUACCUGGGGACCAAGUACUCUUCCAUUUUCAACGCCCAGUUUACCAACUUCCAAGGCAAACCAUGCCUGGCUGAAAUGGGGUGCUACGGCUUGGGGGUGACACGGAUCUUGGCAGCUGCCAUUGAAGUCCUCUCCACAGAAGACUGCAUCCGGUGGCCCCACCUCCUGGCCCCAUACCAAGUCUGCCUCGUCCCCCCCAAGAAGGGCAGCAAGGAGGCGGCUGCUGCCGAGCUCACAGGGCACCUGUACGACCACAUCACAGAGGCGGUGCCUCAGCUUUGUGGGGAGGUGCUGCUGGAUGACAGGACCCAUCUGACCAUCGGAAACAGACUAAAGGACGCCAGGAAGUUGGGCUACCCCUAUGUGAUAAUUGCUGGCAAAAGGGCCCUGGAGGACCCUGCGUAUUUUGAGGUUUGGUGUCAGAACACUGGUGAGGUCGUCUUCCUCACAAAAGAAGGACUUGUGGAAUUGCUGACCCAAGUGCAGACGGUCUAAAGACCACCCCCCCCCAUGCCCCAUCUCACAGCCGUGCUGGUCAUUCUGACGCGCCCUUUCCUACACUCCCUCCCAGGGCUGUUCUCUCCAGAAGGUGAGACCAGUUAGUGAAACUGAGUCUUAUGCGUCAUUUGUUCAUAUGAUUUAUAUUUAAAGUCAUUGACUUGCCCUUCCCUGGGCGAUCAUGCCAUUAUAUACCAUUCUUUCUAGUAAUA